CGGCCGCGGCUCGGGUGCGGCGCGGCCGGCCGGGCGAGGUCCGGUGCGGUCUCGCAGCUCGCAUCUGCUCUGCUCCGGCGCCCCGCGCCCUCCCUGCCGGGGCCGCCGGGCUGGGGAUGCGCGCGGUUCCCGAGAGCCAUGGUCCGCUUCGGGGACGAGCUGGGCGGCCGCUAUGGGGGCGCGGGCGGCGGGGAGCGGGCCCGGGGCGGCGGGGCAGGGGGCGCGGGUGGCCCGGGCCCCGGGGGGCUGCAGCCUGGCCAGCGGGUGCUCUACAAGCAGUCGAUCGCGCAACGCGCGCGGACCAUGGCGCUGUACAACCCCAUACCGGUCAAGCAGAACUGCUUCACUGUCAACCGAUCGCUCUUCGUCUUCAGCGAGGACAACGUCGUCCGCAAAUACGCCAAGCGCAUCACCGAGUGGCCUCCUUUCGAGUACAUGAUCCUGGCCACCAUCAUUGCCAACUGCAUUGUGCUGGCGCUGGAGCAGCACCUCCCUGACGGCGACAAGACUCCCAUGUCCGAGCGCCUGGAUGACACGGAGCCCUAUUUCAUCGGGAUCUUUUGCUUUGAGGCGGGAAUCAAGAUCAUAGCCCUGGGCUUCGUUUUCCAUAAGGGCUCCUACCUGCGGAAUGGCUGGAAUGUCAUGGACUUCGUGGUGGUCCUCACGGGGAUCCUUGCCACGGCUGGAACUGACUUUGACCUGCGAACACUGAGGGCUGUACGUGUGCUAAGGCCCCUGAAGCUGGUGUCUGGGAUUCCAAGUUUGCAGGUGGUGCUCAAGUCCAUCAUGAAGGCCAUGGUUCCACUGCUGCAGAUUGGGCUGCUUCUCUUCUUCGCCAUCCUCAUGUUUGCCAUCAUUGGCCUCGAGUUCUACAUGGGCAAAUUCCACAAGGCCUGUUUCCCCAACAGCACAGAUGCGGAGCCUGUGGGUGACUUCCCCUGUGGCAGGGAGGCCCCAGCCCGGCUUUGUGAGGGCGACACCGAGUGCCGGGAGUACUGGCCAGGACCCAACUUUGGUAUCACCAACUUUGACAACAUCCUGUUUGCCAUCUUGACUGUGUUCCAGUGCAUCACCAUGGAGGGCUGGACUGACAUCCUGUACAAUACAAAUGACGCAGCCGGCAACACCUGGAACUGGCUCUACUUCAUCCCGCUCAUCAUCAUUGGCUCCUUCUUCAUGCUGAACCUGGUGCUGGGCGUGCUCUCAGGGGAAUUUGCCAAGGAGCGAGAACGGGUGGAAAAUCGCCGUGCCUUCCUGAAGCUCCGUCGGCAACAGCAGAUCGAGCGGGAGCUGAACGGGUACCUGGAGUGGAUCUUCAAGGCUGAGGAAGUCAUGCUGGCUGAGGAGGAUAAGAAUGCAGAAGAGAAGUCACCUCUGGAUGGUGGGUGCUGCACUACUGAGCUAGAUCCCUGGCCCACACUGGAACUCCGAGCAGUGUUGAAGAGAGCUGCCACCAAGAAGAGCCGCAACGACCUGAUCCACGCUGAGGAGGGCGAGGACCGGUUUGUGGACCUCUGUGCAGUCGGAUCCCCUUUCACCCGCACCAGCCUGAAGAGUGGGAAGACAGAGAGCUCAUCAUACUUUCGGAGGAAGGAGAAGAUGUUCCGGUUCUUUAUCCGACGCAUGGUGAAGGCACAGAGCUUCUACUGGGUGGUGCUGUGUGUGGUGGCCCUGAAUACAUUGUGUGUGGCCAUGGUGCACUACAACCAGCCGCAGCGGCUCACCACGGCGCUGUACUUCGCAGAGUUUGUUUUCCUGGGUCUUUUCCUCACAGAGAUGUCCCUGAAGAUGUAUGGCCUGGGACCCAGAAGCUACUUCCGGUCUUCCUUCAACUGCUUUGAUUUUGGGGUCAUUGUGGGGAGCAUCUUUGAAGUGGUGUGGGCUGCUGUCAAGCCAGGAACCUCGUUUGGAAUCAGCGUGCUGCGGGCUCUCCGCUUGCUGAGGAUCUUCAAGGUCACGAAGUACUGGAACUCCUUGCGGAACCUGGUUGUGUCUCUGCUCAACUCCAUGAAGUCCAUCAUAAGCCUUCUAUUUCUGCUCUUCUUGUUCAUCGUGGUCUUUGCUCUGCUGGGGAUGCAGCUGUUCGGGGGACAGUUCAACUUUCAAGAUGAGACUCCAACAACCAACUUUGACACCUUUCCUGCUGCCAUCCUCACUGUCUUCCAGAUCCUGACAGGAGAGGACUGGAAUGCAGUAAUGUAUCAUGGGAUUGAGUCGCAAGGUGGGGUCAGCAAAGGCAUGUUUUCCUCCUUUUACUUCAUUGUCCUGACACUGUUUGGAAACUAUACCCUGCUAAAUGUCUUCUUGGCCAUUGCUGUGGACAACCUUGCCAACGCUCAGGAACUGACCAAGGAUGAAGAGGAGAUGGAAGAAGCAGCCAAUCAGAAGCUUGCUCUGCAAAAAGCCAAAGAAGUGGCUGAAGUCAGCCCCAUGUCUGCCGCCAACAUCUCCAUUGCUGCCUUUGUAAAGCAAACUCGAGGUACUGUAUCUCGCAGCUCAUCUGUCUCCAGCGUAAAUUCACCCAGGCAGCAGAACUCGGCACGGGCACGGUCAGUGUGGGAGCAGCGGGCCAGCCAGCUUCGGCUGCAGAAUCUGCGUGCCAGCUGUGAGGCGCUGUACAGCGAAAUGGAUCCUGAGGAGCGACUGCGCUAUGCCACCUCACGCCAUUUGCGGCCUGACAUGAAGACACAUCUGGACCGGCCACUGGUGGUGGAGCCCAGCCGAGACGGACCACGGGGCCCCACAGGGGGCAAAGCCCGGCCAGAGGGCACAGAGACCACUGAGGCUAUGGAUGCACUGCGACGGCACCACCGGCACCGCGACAGGGACAAGGCCUCAGCUGUGCUGCCUCCGGCCACAGAACAAGAACGGGACCGGGCGGAUGGUGAGGAGCCUGUGUCCCGGGAGGAGCGUGCACGCCCACGCCAUAGCCGCAGCAAGGAGGCCUCUGGUAGCCAGGAGGCCCGGGGUGAGCGUGGCCGGGGUCCUGAGGGUGGCCGGCGGCAUCAUCGCGUUCACCGGCGUGCUCCUGACCCGGGCAAGGACAAAGAUGGUUCUGUGGCUAAGGGGGAGCGGCGAACAAGGCACCGGGGUCCCCGCACAGGCUCCAAGGAGGUGGAAAGUGGAGAGGAGCCCGGCCGUCGGCACCGGACUCGCCACAAAGCACCCGCCUCGCAGGAGGCGAUGGAGAAGGAGGGCGAGACCCUGGAAGGGGACAAGGAGAUCCGGAACCACCAGCCCAAGGAAACUCACUGUGAUGCAGAGGCCGGUGGAAUGAUGGGUGUGGGUCCUGUGCACACACUGGCUAGUACCUGUCUUCAGAAGGUGGAGGAGCAGCCAGAGGAUGCAGACAAUCAGCGGAAUGUUACUCGGAUGAGCAGUCAACCCUCAGACCCAGGCACCACUGUGCAUGCCCCGGCAACACUGACAGGCCCUGCUGGGGAGACCACAGCCUUUCCCAGUGGUAACGUGGACCUGGAAAGCCAAGCAGAGGGGAAGAAGGAAGUGGAAGCUGAUGAUGUGCUGAGGAGUGGCCCCCGGCCCAUUGUCCCGUACAGCUCCAUGUUCUGUCUAAGCCCCACUAACCUGCUCCGUCGCUUCUGCCAUUACAUUGUCACCAUGCGAUACUUCGAGAUGGUCAUCCUUGUGGUCAUUGCCCUGAGCAGCAUUGCCUUGGCUGCUGAGGACCCUGUGCGGACGGACUCAUCGAGGAACAAUGCUCUGAAGUACAUGGAUUACAUCUUCACAGGUGUCUUCACUUUUGAGAUGGUGAUAAAGAUGAUUGAUUUGGGGCUGCUGCUCCACCCUGGAGCCUAUUUCCGGGACCUGUGGAACAUUCUGGAUUUCAUUGUGGUCAGUGGAGCCCUAGUGGCUUUUGCCUUCUCAGGAUCCAAAGGGAAAGACAUCAACACCAUCAAGUCCCUGAGAGUCCUGCGUGUCCUGAGGCCCCUGAAGACCAUCAAACGGCUGCCUAAGUUAAAGGCUGUGUUUGACUGUGUGGUGAACUCUCUGAAGAAUGUCCUGAACAUCCUGAUUGUUUACAUGCUCUUCAUGUUCAUAUUUGCCGUCAUUGCAGUACAGCUCUUCAAAGGGAAGUUUUUCUACUGCACUGAUGAAUCUAAGGAACUGGAGAGGGAUUGCAGGGGUCAGUAUUUGGAUUAUGAAAAGGAGGAAGUGGAAGCACAACCAAGGCAAUGGAAGAAAUAUGACUUCCACUAUGACAAUGUGCUCUGGGCCCUGCUGACACUGUUCACGGUGUCUACAGGAGAAGGGUGGCCUAUGGUGCUGAAACACUCCGUGGACGCCACCUAUGAGGAACAGGGUCCCAGCCCCGGGUUUCGCAUGGAACUCUCCAUCUUCUAUGUGGUCUACUUUGUGGUCUUCCCCUUUUUCUUCGUCAACAUCUUCGUGGCAUUGAUUAUCAUCACCUUCCAGGAGCAGGGAGACAAGGUGAUGUCCGAAUGCAGCCUGGAGAAGAACGAGAGGGCUUGCAUUGACUUCGCCAUCAGCGCCAAGCCCCUGACACGGUACAUGCCUCAAAACAGACAGUCAUUCCAGUAUAAGACGUGGACAUUUGUAGUCUCUCCACCCUUCGAGUACUUCAUCAUGGCCAUGAUAGCUCUUAACACUGUGGUGCUGAUGAUGAAGUUCUACGAUGCACCCUACGAGUAUGAGCUGAUGCUGAAAUGCCUGAACAUUGUGUUUACAUCCAUGUUCUCCAUGGAAUGCGUGCUGAAGAUCAUCGCCUUUGGGGUGCUGAACUAUUUCAGAGAUGCCUGGAAUGUCUUUGACUUUGUCACUGUGUUGGGAAGUAUUACUGAUAUUUUAGUAACAGAGAUUGCGAACAACUUCAUCAACCUCAGCUUCCUGCGUCUCUUCAGAGCUGCACGGCUCAUUAAACUGCUCCGCCAGGGCUACACCAUCCGCAUCCUGCUGUGGACUUUUGUCCAGUCCUUCAAGGCGCUGCCCUAUGUGUGCCUCCUCAUCGCCAUGCUGUUCUUCAUCUACGCCAUCAUCGGCAUGCAGGUGUUUGGAAAUAUUGCCUUGGACGAUGACACUAGCAUCAACCGGCACAACAACUUCCGGACAUUCUUACAAGCCUUGAUGCUGCUGUUCAGGAGUGCCACAGGAGAGGCCUGGCAUGAGAUCAUGCUGUCUUGUCUGAGCAACCGGGCCUGUGAUCCACAUGCUAAUGCCAGCGAGUGUGGGAGUGACUUUGCCUACUUUUACUUCGUAUCUUUUAUCUUCCUUUGCUCCUUUCUGAUGUUGAACCUCUUUGUGGCUGUGAUCAUGGAUAAUUUUGAGUACCUCACGCGGGACUCUUCCAUCCUAGGGCCUCACCACCUGGACGAGUUCAUCCGGGUCUGGGCUGAGUACGACCCGGCUGCGUGUUGCCGGAUUCAUUAUAAGGAUAUGUACAGUUUGUUGCGUUGUAUUGCGCCACCCGUUGGCUUAGGGAAGAACUGCCCUCGUAGGUUGGCCUACAAGCGCCUGGUUCGUAUGAACAUGCCCAUCUCCAAUGAGGAUAUGACAGUGCACUUCACCUCCACACUGAUGGCUCUUAUUAGGACAGCACUGGAGAUCAAGCUGGCGCCAGCUGGGACGAAGCAGCACCAGUGCGAUGCAGAGCUGAGGAAGGAGAUCGCCUCUGUGUGGGCCAAUCUGCCCCAGAAGACUCUGGACUUACUGGUACCACCUCAUAAGCCUGAUGAGAUGACAGUGGGAAAAGUCUAUGCAGCCCUGAUGAUAUUUGACUUUUACAAGCAGAACAAAACCACCCGAGAUCAGAUUCACCAAGCUCCGGGAGGCCUGUCCCAGAUGGGCCCUGUGUCCCUGUUCCAUCCUCUGAAGGCUACCCUGGAGCAGACACAGCCGGCUGUGCUCCGAGGAGCUCGGGUUUUCCUUCGGCAGAAGAGUACCACCUCUCUUAGCAAUGGUGGGGCUGUACAAACUCAAGAGAGUGGCAUCAAAGAAUCUGUGUCUUGGGGCACACAGAGGACCCAGGAUGUGCUCUACGAGGCCCGGGCACCCCUGGAGCGUGGACAUUCAGCAGAGAUCCCUGUGGGGCAGCGGGGAACAUUGGCUGUGGAUGUCCAGAUGCAGAGCAUAGCAUUGAGAGGCCCAGAUGGAGAACCCCAACCUGGGUUGGAGAGCCAGGGCCGAGCUGCCUCUAUGCCUCGCCUAGCAGCAGAAACACAGCCUGCUCCAGAUGCCAGUCCCAUGAAGCGCUCCAUUUCCACACUGGCCCAGCGGCCUCAUGGGCCCCACCUCUGCAAUGCUGCCCUGGACCGUCCACCCCCCAGCCAGGCACCACAUCACCAUCACCACCGCUGCCACCGCCGCAGGGACAAGAAACAGAGAUCCCUGGAAAAGGGUCCCAGCCUGUCUGCUGAUACAGAUGGUGCACCAAACAGCACCCCAGGACCUGGCACGUCCUUAGGCGAGGGGCCAACAGGCUGCCGGCGUGAGCGCAAGCAAGGGCGUGGUCGAUCCCAGGAGCGGAGGCAGCCUUCCUCCUCCUCCUCAGAGAAGCAGCGCUUCUACUCCUGUGACCGCUUUGGGGGCCGUGAGCCCCCACAGCCUAAGCCCUCCAUUAGCAGCCACCCCACGUCUCCGACAGCUGGGCCAGAACCAGCAGCCCACCCACAGGGUGGUGGCUCUGUCAAUGGGAGCCCCUUGCUGUCAACAUCUGGUGCUAGCACCCCAGGCCGAGGUGGGCGGAGACAGCUCCCACAGACCCCCCUGACACCCCGCCCCAGCAUCACUUACAAGACAGCCAACUCCUCACCUGUCCACUUCGCAGGGGCUCAGAGUGGGCUCCCAGCCUUCUCCCCUGGCCGGCUUAGCCGUGGACUUUCUGAACACAAUGCCUUGCUGCAGAGAGACCCCCUGAGUCAGCCCCUGGCGCCUGGCUCUCGCAUUGGCUCUGACCCUUACCUGGGGCAGCGGCUGGACAGUGAGACUUCUGCCCACACCCUGCCUGAGGAUACCCUCACCUUCGAGGAGGCUGUGGCCACCAACUCAGGCCGUUCCUCCAGGACUUCCUACGUGUCCUCACUGACCUCCCAGUCCCAUCCCCUCCGCCGUGUGCCCAAUGGCUACCACUGCACUCUGGGACUCAGCACUGGCGGCCGGGCUCGGCACAGCUAUCACCACCCUGACCAAGACCACUGGUGCUAGCUGCACCGCAACCGCCCAUGCACCUGACCAUCGGUGUGGGCUCCAGUUGAUGAGUUUUAUCAUCUGCACUGGGCUCUGGGCUGCGGCCCCUGGGAGGAGGGGCCUCACCUGUGGCCUCCGUGGUGGAGGCACUCCCCCUUUUACACUGGAAGGACUAAUAAAGCCCUUUCUUAGAGGGUUGUGAUGUGUCUAUCCCCCUCGUGUGCUGCCUUCCUGGGUCUUAUGCCACACAUCAAAUCCUAAGCAGGAGAUGGCCAACUUCAGAUGAACCCAGUGAGUCCAGAUCCCAUGUCAUGGCUUCCACUAUCCAGGGUGGGUGAUCAGAACCUGUUCUAGGAUGUCUGAAUCUUGUGGGCAGCAUCCUGUAUCCAGAUGUGUGGUAUGGAGGGUGGGACAUGCCUGAAAGCGUGAAAAGGACCCAGCCGUGGCCUGGUGUCCUUAGCCAGCCUCCAUGAUCCUGUGUCUGUUAUCGCUUGUGGCACUGAACAGUAAAUGUAUGUAGAAACACACUAUCCUUCCCGAAUCACUAUUGCCCCAACAGGGACCAAAUCCGAAGAAUGUUUGUGCUGUUGAUUCUGGUUUUUGGUCACAACACCUUUCACUCUGUCAUUUCAAUGUACUUGAUCUAGAAAAACAGAAAACAGGAAAAGUGGCUGAGGAAACAUUAACAUAACAUCAACCCAUAGGAAGGUCUCCACCUUUCAUUGUGUGUUUUUGUACUUGUGUGAGAAGGUGUUCCUGUGUGGACUCUGUCUGGCCUGGGUGGUCCCCAGCAACCCUGGCACUGCUGCUUGACCAAGUGCCUGACCUCCAGCUCCUGGGCAUUGUGUGUGAGGAAAGGCCUUGUGUCACACAGUCAUUGACUGUGUGAAAGCUACUUAGAACAGCAGCUGGGUAGGAAGCUCAUGUCCAAAGGAGCAACAGAUGACAUGCAGCAGCAUGGCGUGGUGGUUUUGCCCAUGUUCUUCCCACAAGUGAGAGGAUUUAGGAAAGAUGGAGAGCAGCAGAGUGCAUGCUUGUGUGAGGCAUUUUCAAUCUGUUCUAUAUCUGAUUCUCAGGGAUGGGAUGCCUGCCAAGUAGGGCAUGAUCUCUGUUGUAUAUGAGGUGACCUUUCACCAAUAGCUGUAAGGAGUAAAUGGCUAGUGAGAAGAGAAGAUAGUGACUGGACAGUUGCAUGUAGGGCCAUCAUGGCAGGAAGGAGGAAGUCACAGCAAAUCACCAGGGAGGAGAAAUGGCUCCUGAGCUGUGGCUGUGGCCUGAGUUCCUCAACCUGGGGAUCAAGAAGCAGUAGUUAAACCUAACUUCACAGCCACGCUCCAAAGGGAAAGCCCAUACUCAGGAUGUUUGGUAUGUAGAGAAUGUUGGGAGACCCUCUUUUAUGAAGAAGGGUGCAUAUAGAUAAGCCCAUUCAUGUGUCCUUUGUGUUGAAACUUCAAAUGAUUUCUCUGUGGGAUUGUUGGCUUCUAUCCCAUAAUACUCCUCAAGAAGCUGUAUGUGACUCAUGUAUAUGUGUCUGGGUGUGUGUGGUGGUGUGUUGUGUGGAUGUUGUCAACCAUAGGGCUAUGCAACAAAAGACACAUUUAAUAGAAAUAAAACACACAAGACCACCACCUGGUCUAGAGUUUCAGCAUGAUUGUGACCAAACCUUUUUUUAUAGAAUUUCCUUAUGUGAAGGCACAACACUCUGCAACUUUAAUGGUAACAGAGUAUUUUAUUCUAAUUGGGUAAAAUUAUGCAGGAAUCUUGGUCUGUGCAUGUGACUCUGUGCUCAUGUUGCGAAGUAGAGGGAUGUGCAUUUCGAUACUGUUUGUCUCUGUUCACCCCAGCCCAUGUUAUCUUGGGUGUCAAAAUAUAUACAUUCCAUGUAGAACCACAGUUGUCUCCCAGGCAUUCAAGGGUCAAGGAUACUCUUCUAGACUCAUACAAUCUAGCUGACUUGCCUGGAUUCUUUUAGGUAUUGGCAUUCCUGAAAUUACAACAAGAAGGGAAAAGGAUCUUAUUUUCCUAACUUUGGGUUUUUUUCUGUACUGUCUCUUCUCAAGCUAUUGUCUGUUUCCUCUCAAAUCUCAUAGUGAGUUGCCAAAUUUGAAAUGCAUCAACCAGCUAUCUGCAUCUGGAAUCUGUCAAGCAGUGGCUGUAGUAUGAAUAAGUUAUGUGUGCAUGUAAAAUAUAUACAUAUAUACAUUAUACAAGUAUGUGCAUGAAGUGUAUAUCUUCAUACUUUUUGAUACAAUGUAUUCAUUUGUUAAUUUUUAAUUAUAUUUGAUAUAAAUUGAAGGUUUGUUGUAAAACUUUAUAUUUAACAACAGUGUUAAAAAGAGAGAAAGAAGUCCCAACAAUGCAAACCAAUUGGGACCUAAUUUUAAAAAAAAAUCCUGUGAUUGACUAGUUUGCUGCCUGACUAAUAUUUACAAGCCAAAAUUUGGAUUCUGCUAUUGUUUCUACAUUGACCUUUUGUAUGAAGCAAAGUCCUUGGAUUAAAAUAAAAAAUGAGAAAAAAAAAACCCCAAAAGCAAAA